UCGUGACAAAAAAAAGUAAUUUUAUUAUUGAUUCGUUUUGUUUUGAGAUUUGUUUACUUCUUCCUACAGAUUCAUACUAGUGCUGGGGAAGAGGAAAUCGUUGAUUUUAAAGUUUUAGAAUCUGCAGUUAGGAGAGAAGUCAUUAUAUCUUUUAUAAAGGUUUUGUUGUCAUCUUUGGAAUAUGGUAGACUUCGAUCUUCAUUCUUUUCCAAUUGUUGAUUUGAAGAUGUAAGCUCAUAGUAAGAUGAUAAGACGAAGCCCAACCCGAAUCGAGCUGAAGCUGGAGGACCUCACCGAGUACCAGCCGAUGCGGCGAGAGUACGAAGCCAACAAAGAGCAGCGACAGGUAGAGCAGCGCAAUUGGGGACCAAACAAGCCCAAACAGGACAUACAGCAGACAAUCCAUGACAGGAUUGGUUACAACCCACAGCCAAGGCCCUCCUCAUAAUCCUCCCACACUGUUUUUGUAAUUACAUUUACUUAAAAAAAUAAAAUUAUUUUGUAAAAAUU